AUGGCGACCGAAGAGAUUACAUCUUCAAACGCGGUGCUUCUGCCCAGCACCGCGGUGAUCUCGCCCACUGUCAUCGUCAAGAUCGGUACGGAGGGCAAAGAGUACAUCCUCCACACCGAACUCCUCAAGCACCACUCUGGUUACUUCCGUGGAGCACUUUCCGGCGCAUUCAAAGAAACCGACGACGGCGUUAUACCCAUUACCGAUAUCGAAACCGACGCAUUCGACACCUUCGUCGAUUGGAUCUACCGCGGCACCGUAAACACAGAGCCGCAAUCACCUUCCAACGUUCUAAGUCGCAGCUACAUCUUAGCAGAUCGACUAAUCAUGCCCGGUUUGAAGUCUGCGCUUAUGGAUCAUUAUUACCAUCGGUACACUGGACACCAUCUUGCGGUAUGA